AUGGAUAACACCAUCGAUCUGGAGACUCUGGAGACACCUUCACUUUGUUUCAGCUCUUCUAACACGUCAUGUCUGAAGUUUGACCACCGUCUGGAAGUCCGCAUUCUGCUCUACAUCCUGUUCAGCGUCUCAUCUCUGAUCACAGUGAUCGGAAACCUUCUGGUCAUCGUGACGGUGCUUCAUUUCAGGCAGUUACGCUCCCCCACCAAUUAUCUGAUCGUAUCUCUGGCCGUUGCUGAUCUGCUCGUAGGAGGACUUGUCAUGCCACCCAGCAUGCUGCGCUCUGUAGAGACGUGCUGGUACCUGGGACACGUGUUUUGUAAGAUCCACAGCAGUCUGGACGUCACCGUGUGCACGGCGUCCAUCCUGAACCUGUGCAUCAUUUCUCUAGAUCGAUAUUACGCCGUGUGCCACCCUCUUCUCUACCACAGUAAAAUGACUCAUAGAACAAUCACGUACAUGAUCGUGAUCUGCUGGGGCGUCUCCUUCACCAUAGGGUUCGGAAUGAUCUUCCUAGAACUUAAUAUUUUGGGAAAUGAAGAAAUUUAUUUUAACAACUUUGCUUGUGAUGGCGCAUGUCUGGUUUUCCAGGCCGAAGUCGGAGCGGUUGUGUUUUCAAUGUUUUGCUUCUACAUUCCGGCUGUAAUCAUCAUCUGUGUGUAUGUGAAAAUCCUCCACACAGCUCAGAAACAAGCCCGUGCCAUCCAAAGCACUCAGGGCCUGACGAAGACGCUGGCGGAGAAAACAAACAUGAGCAAGUCAGAAAGGAAGGCGACAAAAACGUUAGCAAUAAUCAUGGGUGUUUUUCUGACCUCCUGGGUGCCGUUUUUUGUGUGUAACUGUAUAGAUCCGUUUACUGGGUACUCCAUUCCUCCGAUUGUGUUUGACGUGUUUCUGUGGGUCGGAUACUUCAAUUCCACGUUUAAUCCGAUCGUCUACACGUUCUUCUACAGCCGAUUCAGACACGCUUUCAGAGUCAUUCUAUCUGGUGAAAUAUUCCGAGCUCAUUCCUCACACACCAGAUUGUUUUAA